AUGGGGGAUGUCGAUGUGGUCGUGCUUGGUGCUGGGCUGAGUGGCAUCUUCCUGGCCCACAGCUUGCAGUCGGAAGGUUGCAGGAGCUUCGCCGUCUUAGACCGGCGGAAGGGCAUCGGUGGCAUGUGGGCAGAGCUGAAGUUCCCCGGCCUUCGCACCGACUCGCCCAUGGGCCUUUACGCCUACUCCUUCCAUCCCUCGGCCACGACGACGCGGAUGAUGCCGACCAGGGAGGAGCUGCUGGAGUACUUUCACGAGGUGGUUGAUGAACAUCGGCUGGCACAGUACAUGCACUUUGAGCAGCAUGUCCGGCGGGCAGAGUUCGACUCGAGGAAGGCACGAUGGACCCUGACAACGGCCACUGGAACGCGUUGGACAUGCCGACAUGUGCUGAACUGUACAGGAUACUUCGACCUCUUCGAUCCGUACAUCCCGAAGAUCCCUGGGAUGGCAGACUUUGCGGGCAGGCUGGUGCACACGCAUUCCUGGCCGGAGGACAUGAGUCUCGAAGGCAAGCGCGUCAUCCUCGUGGGCAGCGGGGCCUCUGCGGUGACGGCUGCACCUGCCUUGGCGGAACAGGCCCAGAGCGUGGUGAUGCUGCAGCGCUCUCCGAGCUAUAUCAAAUCGGCACCCCUGCGUCAUGCGCCGUGGUCUGCAUGGGCCAUUGCCGCCUGGUUGGUGAGAGGCGGAGGCGUAUUCCGAUGGCUGGGGCGGUGCCUGUUUGCGCUGAUCUUCCGGCGGCUGCGCCGCGAAGCCCUGAGGGAGGCCAAGGAUUACAACGAGAAGCGGCAUGCCUGGAGCGCAGGCUGCCCCGAGGCACUCGCAGCCCGUUUGCGUGAGAGUCGUGCCGCGGUGGAUGCGGUAGUCGACCGCCUCCCUGAGUUGCGGCGCCACUUCACUCCCUCCUACCAGGUUUUUGAGCAGAGGACCUGCUUUGCUCCCGGCGAUGAGUUCUUCAUGGCCAUUCAGCGAGGUCGCCUCAGCAUCGUCACAGCGCACAUCGACCGCUUCACCCGGACGGGCCUUCGGCUCCAGGCACUCACGGAAAGCGAGAGCCGGCUGGCAGAGACCUUCGGGGAGCCCGAGACGCCGGAACACCUGGAGGCCGACGUCGUGGUUCUUGCGACGGGGCACAAGCUGAGCCUUCUAGGAGAUGUAGAGCUCCUUGUCGACGGAUGCCCGCAGAAGAUGGGCGAGAAGAUGGCGUACCAAGGAGGCCUCAUGGUGUCCGACGUGCCGAACUUGUUCAACUUCUCUGGGUACUUCAAGGGCACCUACACCCUGAGACUGGAGGCGGAAGUGCCACUUGUGCUCCGCAUCUUGCAGUUCAUGGACACCCGCGGCUACGCGCGCGUCGUCCCGCGCUGGCGCGGUGGCGAGGAGGACGUGGACCCGUGCCCCCAGGUGGGGCUCAUCACGUCAGCCGCCGGAUAUGCAGACUCUGCAUGGCAGGGCCCCAACUAUGCCAAGCGAGAUGCAGCGUGGCGUCGCAGGCCCAGCGUGGGAAAGCAGAUGCCCUGGAGAGGCGGCUGGAACUACUACGAAGACUGGAGCCACUGCCACGAGGCACAGCUCGAAGACGGCACGCUCGAGUAUGGCGUCGCGCAG